AUGAAGACAAUUGCGAAGAACAUCGCGGAAGGCGCCGACACUUUUCUUCUCCAGGAGUUCCGCUACAUCCUCGUCUACGUCGUGGUCUUCUCCGCAGGCUACGCGAUUGGGUCUGCUGCGCUGGUGUCUCUGGCGCUGCUGGGGGCGUUUGCUGCGCGGGCAGAUGUACGUACAGUGGACGCGCUGGAGCCGUGGGGCUUCGCAGGUUUGCUGCUGGGAGCAGCAGCAGCAAACUGGUUUGCUGCACUGACGCUGCGGAGCGUAGCAGCAGCAGCAAGCGAAGUAGCAGCAGAGUGUCUGCAGCAAUUCCCCAGGAUCGUCAGCGGGGCCCAAGACCCCGACUACACCCGCUGCAUCGCCAUCUCCACGAGGGCCUCGCUGCAGCAAAUGGGGCCCCCGGGGGCCCUCGUGCUGCUGUCCCCUUUGCUGCUGGGGGCCCUCUUUGGCAAAAAGUGCACAGCAGGUUUUCUCUUGGGGGCCCUUGUUGCUGCUCUGCAGCUUGCUGUUGCCAUGUCCAACUCCGGCGGCGCCUGGGACAACGCCAAGAAGUACAUCGAGCCUUCUCGGCCUCACUCUCUUCUUCAGACUUCCCGCAGUCUUCGGGCCCAGGCCCGUGUGGCUGCUGCUGCUGCUGCUGUUGAUGCUGCUGCUGCUGCUGUUGCUGCUGCUGCUGGUGAUGCUGAUGAUGCGGGGGGUGAGGGGUGGGGUGGUGGUGGUGUGUGA